UUCUAUAAGUGUCUUUAUCUCUCUUACUUUCUCUCACUCAUUUCUUCUUCUUCUUCUUCUUCUUGGAUUACUUCAUUUGAACCCAAAAUCAAAUAAACCACAUAAUCCUUUCUCCAUCAUGACUUGACACCGUAUCAUGGGCUUCUUCCGCCGACUUUUUGGCGCCAAAAAGAAACCCACCACACAAACCCCUGCCUCCAAACCGCCCAAGAGAAGAUGGAGCUUCGCCAAACACCUCCGCAACCACAACCCCCCUCCUCCGCCCCACGCCGCCGCCGAGGUUGUUCGCCUCACCAGUGCCGGAGCUCCCCCAACUACUCCCACCACUACCAGCAGGCGGAACGUUUCCUCCGCCGCCGUUAAGAUACAAUCGGCGUUUCGUGGUUACUUGGCAAGGAGGGCAUUGAGAGCGCUAAAAGCAUUGGUGAAGUUGCAAGCAUUGGUUAGGGGCCACAUCGUGAGAAAGCAAACCGCAGAUAUGCUAAGGCGCAUGCAAACAUUGGUGCGACUCCAGGCCCAGGCACGUGCCACUCGCGUGUUCUCACAUACUAAUACCACUAUGCACUCUUUCAAGCCUUCACUUUCCCAUUAUUACCCUGUCCCUGAAGAAUAUAGUACUAAAUUUGAUGGAUCUUCUAUUUUGAAGAGAUGUAGUUCCAAUGCGAACUUCAGGAACAGCGAGUGGGAGAGAGGGGCACGGUUUGGUUCGAGUUGGUUAGAGCGAUGGAUGAAAGAAAGAGAAAACAGAGACGACGAUGAGGAGAAGAUGAGUGACAAGAUUCUGGAAGUAGACACAUGGAAACCGCCACUAAGGUCAAUGAAAGGAAAAGAAGAAGUAUGUUCAAGAACCGCCGAUAACAGCCCGCAAACAUUAUUGUCUUCGUCAUCAUCUAGGAGGCAGGGUGGACCCUUUACGCCCACAAGGAGCGAGUGCUCCUUCCAUGGCUAUGCAGGGCACCCCAACUACAUGUCCAACACGCACUCUUCUAGAGCUAAGGUUAGAUCGCAGAGUGCACCAAGACAGAGACUUGAUUAUGAUAGAUACGGAUACGCUUGUUCCAAUAAUACUCUUCUUCACUAUCAUUCACAUUUGAGGAGUAAAGUGUCAAGUAGUCGUUUCAAUAGAAUUGGGGUUACCAAUUUAAGGUGACAUUGCUUGCAUGCAUGUCUUUUGAAUAUAUCCUUAUGCACACUAAAUAAUAAUAUUCAUUAUCAGUGCUUUUGUAACUUCUCAUCAAGCUAUAUAUAGUAACGGACUAAGUUGUCUUGUCUAGAA